AGCCUAUCAGAACUGCAUAGCCAAAGGAAGACAACUAGCGGUUAUCAAAAGUGAAGAUCAACAAAAAAUGUUUGAAGACGCAGCCGACGAGAAAUUCAAGGAAAAUAGGAAUGAUAACAGAUCUGUUUGGAUCGGUCUGAGGGACGAGGCUGGAUACAGAAGUUUGGCUCUAAGGUUUGUUUGGGUUGACGGUCAGCCUUUGAGAAAGGAUGAUUUCGCGCCCUGGUGGUGGAGGGAACCUAACAACGCCGGCUAUCACGAGGAUUGUGUACAAGCAAAACCAGAAAAUCGCAAAGACCCAAACACGUCAUAUAAGUGGAACGACGUUGAUUGCAACCUUAGGAACUUCUAUAUGUGCAGUAAAGUUUUCAGGUAAUUCAGCGAAUGACUAUGUUCCUGGUGAUCCUUGGGUUAAGGUAACUCGGCAAGAAGCGGUUGAACUAUGCCAUAGAAAGGGUCACCAAUUGGCUAUUAUAAGAAAUGAAGGACAUAGUCAAGCGUUUGCUGCUACUGCGGCACAAAAGUUUAGACAGACAGGUAGUGAGGCAAAGGUGCUGUGGAUCGGUCUGAAGACCGAACGGAGGUUUAAGUGGGUCGACAACUCUUCCCUGGGCUCGUACACCAACUGGCUGCCUUCAGAACCCACCAAUGCGGGGGAUGGAGAGCCUUGUGUCAAAGCGGAGGGGAGGAGAUACUUUGAGCCGUUGUGGCCAAACGCUAAGCCAUACCAGUGGAACGACGUUUUGUGCACUGCCAAGCGGUCGUACUUCUGCGAGGACAAAACAGAUUCUACAGAAUCCAGCGUUGCUCCUGGGGACCCAUGGACUAAGGUAACGUGGCACGAAGCGAGGAAAAAUUGUGAUUCUAUUGGAAAGAGACUCGUCGUAUUAAAAACUAAGGAAAAGAUACAACGAUUUAAAGAAGCUGCUGAAAAUAUCUUUAGAAACAAAGAUACUGUGUUUUCAUCUCUAGGAGAAUCUCCAAGUUCGACCUGGAUAGGACUAGCAGACUGGGAGUGGGAGGAUCGCUUUACAUGGGUGACUGGUCAACCUCUAAGGGUAAGCGAUUUCUCUGCUUGGUGGUGGAACGAGCCCAACAAUAACGGUGGUCAUGAGAACUGUGUACACGCAAGCCCUGAAGCCUACUAUCUGCAGGGACCCAACGUUACAACCUACAACUGGAAGGACGACUCAUGUCAGCUCAAGAAUUUCUACUUCUGCUCUGAAGGAGAAACGGUGGACGGUAAUUAUGUCCCAGGAAAUCCAUGGACUAAAGUCACAUGGCAAGAAGCAAGUUACAACUGCCAAGCUAAGGGACACAAACUAGCUGUUGUAUUAAAUCAAGAACAGCGGAAAAUGUUUGAAGAAGCCGUUGCAAGAUAUCUAAGAAGUUUGAGCUGCACUUACUACUGGCCACUGUGGAUUGGUUUAUCGUCUAAAGACAGAAAGUUUAAGUGGAUUGAUGGAACUGAGCUGGAGCUGCCUGAUUGGUUGCCCGGAGAGCCUAACAUUUCAAGCCUAACAAGAGUGUGGAGUGAGAACUGUGUGGAAGCCAUGCCAGAAGAGAGCAACCGACCUCUUGGCAAACCGUAUCAGUGGAACGACGGCAACUGCCCUGAGAAGAAGCAGUAUUUCUGCGAAGAGGAAAUCCCCAAUCGUUAUUAAAAUUUGGAAUAGUGUUAAUGUUGAAAUAACUUAUAAAAUAUGACAACGUUAUUUAUUAAAUGUAUUGAACAUAGCAAUAAAUGUUUUUCAUUAUU